AUGGAAGCUAGUGGACUGGCAGAGACUUCAAUACGACAAGAAAACAGCAGUGUGUGGAAAGCUAUAUGGAAUCUUAAGGUACCGAAUGUGGAGAAAAAUUUUCUUUGGAGGGCUUGUCAUGACAUACUGCCAUCCCGAGUGAAUUUAAAGAAGAAAAAGAUCAUAGAAGACCCAUCAUGUCCGUUAUGUGGCCGGGAACAAGAAACAACUGUGCACAUCCUCUGGCAAUGUCCUUCUGCCAUGGAUGCUUGGAGUGUGGGGAGUACUAGGCUGCAAAAAUGUCAGACAAAUGGCUUAGAUUUUAUCCAGAUAGUGGUGGAGGUCUUUAACAAAUGCUCCCAGGAGGAUCUUAAAAUGUUUGCUGGUAUUUCGAGAAGAUUGUGGCUGAGGCGUAAUGAGGUGGUGCACGGGGGUGUUUUUCUUCACCCCAAUACAUUAGUUCAACAAUCGGCUAUAGCCAUCCAAGAUUUUUCCAAAGCACACGAAGUGGAGCAGCAAUGCCAAGCUACGGGUGAGUUGGGAAUGUCAAGGAAUUGGGAACCUCCAGAACGUGGAUGGGUAAAGAUUAAUUGGGAUGCCUCAUGUGCGAAAGGGAAGGGCUGGAUGGGAUAUGGCGUCUUGAUACGUGAUGACCAGGGGAACGUUGUAGCGGCCAAAUGCUCCACAAUGGUGGGAAACUUGGAGGCAUCGGUGGCAGAGGCUAGGGGGGCACUCUUGGCUGUCCAUCUUUGUAAGAAUCUGGGUCUCAACUGGGUUCAUUUGGAGGGGGACGCACAGGUUGUGAUAAAGGCCGUCAAUUCUCCGGAAGUAGACUGGAGUGAUGUGGGCCUGAUGGCAGCUGAUAUCAAAAAGGAGCUUCAAUCUAUACGUCACUGGCGGUUGUCUUUUAUUCGAAGGGAGAGGAAUAGUGCGGCACACACACUGGCCCAGUUAGCUUUAAAUAAUUAUAUGGAUCAGACAUGGCUCAAUGAGUUUCCUGCUUGUAUUUCACAGAUUGUAAACACGGAGUGCACAACUCCAAGGAAUGUCUUGAAUUAA